UCGCUGCUCUCUUAAACGUCUAUACGCGGUAUGCAAGGAAUGGAGGACCCCGCGGCUGCCCUCAACACCACUCCUAUCCGUUGCAUCGUAAAACUCGGUGGUGCUGCAAUUACUUGCAAACACGAAAUAGAAAAGAUAAAUGAAGAAAAUCUACUAACAGUUUCUUCACAGCUGAGACAAGCAAUGAUGAAAACAAGCUCCUCAGAAAAGGUUCCUGGAAUGGAUUGGAGCAAGAGACCUGGAGUUUCAGAAAUUUCUACUGUAGGUGACUUUGGAGAUCAUCCAUUGUCAAGCUUGAGUAACUUUAUUAUUGUUCAUGGAGCAGGUUCUUUUGGGCACUUCCAGGCUAGUAGAUCUGGGGUCCACAAAGGAGGAUUGCACAUGCCCCUUGUAAAAGCUGGUUUUGUGGCUACACGUAUUUCUGUAACAUCCCUCAAUCUUGAAAUUGUGAGAGCACUUGCACGAGAAGGAAUCCCGUCAAUUGGAAUGUCGCCAUUUGCUUGUGGAUGGUCAACUUGUGAAAGAAAUAUAACUUCUGCUGAUAUAUCUCAGGUGGCCAAGGCUAUUGCCGCUGGGUUUGUGCCUGUUUUGCAUGGAGAUGCUGUACUUGAUGAUGUACAGGGGUGCACGAUCUUGAGUGGCGAUGUGAUUAUACGACACCUUGCACAGAUCUUAAGUCCCAAAUAUGUUGUCUUCCUUACGGAUGUCUUAGGAGUAUAUGAUCGUCCGCCAACAGACCCUGAUGCAGUGCUCCUAAGAGAGAUCGCUGUAGAUGAAGAUGGUAGCUGGUCCAUUGUGAAACCACUACAUCACACGAAUAAACCAGUGAAAAUCACAGUAGCAGACCAUGACACGACUGGUGGAAUGGUUACAAAAAUAUCGGAAGCUGCAAUGAUAGCAAAACUUGGAAUUGAUGUGUACAUUGUGAAGGCUGGUACAGCUCACUCUUUCAGAGUUCUAAAAGGGGAGAUCGGCAAUGACAUUCCUGAUGAUUGGCUUGGAACUGCCAUCAGAUUCUCGAAACAGGUCCAUACAACCUUUCCAAUGGAAAGAUAGGUAUGUAUGAUUCUCUAAUCGAUACACAAAACAAAGAUAUGCAACUGAUUCAACGUCAACUUCAACUUCAACUUCAUUCAAGUGAAUCUAAUGAGAAUUAUGAUUGGGAAAUGUAUUGGCACAAAACAAACCCAGAUGAAAAUAAGAUGCUUCUACACAUUUUACGACA